CUACCACCAGUAUACACGACCACAGAGGUCUCUGGCUCGUCGACCGUUACUGAGGUUGUAUCUCCAUACACCACCACCGACUCCAAUGGCUUGCCAUCCACCGGCACCACUACCUACGCGAUCUCGGGCACUUCAUCUGAAAGUGGAUCCUCCGGCCUACCACCAGUAUACACCACCACAGUGGUCUCUGGCUCGUCGACCGUUACUGAGGUUGUAUCUCCAUACACCACCACCGACUCCAAUGGCUUGCCAUCCACCGGCACCACUACCUACGCGAUCUCGGGCACUUCAUCUGAAAGUGGAUCCUCCGGCCUACCACCAGUAUACACGACCACAGUGGUCUCUGGCUCGUCGACCGUUACUGAGGUUGUAUCUCCAUACACCACCACCGACUCCAAUGGCUUGCCAUCCACCGGCACCACUACCUACGCGAUCUCGGGCACUUCAUCUGAAAGUGGAUCCUCAGUAUACACCACCACAGUGGUCUCUGGCUCGUCGACCGUUACUGAGGUUGUAUCUCCAUACACCACCACCGACUCCAAUGGCUUGCCAUCCACCGGCACCACUACCUACGCGAUCUCGGGCACUUCAUCUGAAAGUGGAUCCUCCGGCCUACCACCAGUAUACACCACCACAGAGGUCUCUGGCUCGUCGACCGUUACUGAGGUUGUAUCUCCAUACACCACCACCGACUCCAAUGGCUUGCCAUCCACCGGCACCACUACCUACGCGAUCUCGGGCACUUCAUCUGAAAGUGGAUCCUCAGUAUACACCACCACAGUGGUCUCUGGCUCGUCGGCUGUCGUAAAGAUUGUAUCUCCAUACACCACCACCGAUUCCAAUGGCUUGCCAUCCACCGGCACCACUACCUACGCGAUCUCGGGCACUUCAUCUGAAAGUGGAUCCUCAGUAUACACCACCACAGUGGUCUCUGGCUCGUCGACCGUUACUGAGGUUGUAUCUCCAUACACCACCACCGACUCCAAUGGCUUGCCAUCCACCGGCACCACUACCUACGCGAUCUCGGGCACUUCAUCUGAAAGUGGAUCCUCCGGCCUACCACCAGUAUACACGACCACAGAGGUCUCUGGCUCGUCGACCGUUACUGAGGUUGUAUCUCCAUACACCACCACCGAUUCCAAUGGCUUGCCAUCCACCGGCACCACUACCUACGCGAUCUCGGGCACUUCAUCUGAAAGUGGAUCCUCAGUAUACACGACCACAGUGGUCUCUGGCUCGUCGACCGUUACUGAGGUUGUAUCUCCAUACACCACCACCGACUCCAAUGGCUUGCCAUCCACCGGCACCACUACCUACGCGAUCUCGGGCACUUCAUCUGAAAGUGGAUCCUCAGUAUACACGACCGACAGUGGUCGUCUGGGCUCGUCGACCGUUACUGAGGUUGUAUCUCCAUACACCACCACCGACUCCAAUGACUUGCCAUACACGCGUAGUUUAAUAUCGGGUGUACCUUCUGUUAUUUUUGGUAGUAGUAGAAUGACAUUGAGCUCAUCUUCUGCCUUAAUUUCUCAGAAGUAUGGUUCAAUUACUGUUACCUUUUCAAGUUCACCAAGUUCAUAUUUUUCGAAUAGUGUCACCUCUCAAUUUUCUACUGUAGAUGCUAAGCAUCAGUCUAGGACCCGUUCUCGAUUAUGUUCGUCAAUAAUUAUAACUUCUAACCAGAUCACGGGGUAUUUGAAUCCUGACAUUACUCUUUCAAGAACUCCUAGUUCUUCUAUCACAUUUUCUACAGGCACCACGACAUACAAAAUUUCUGGUUCGUCUGUCGCAUCCUCCGAUCAGCUACCAGUUCAAACCAGAAGCGAGUUUUUUACCUCUGAAUCUGUUAGUCCCCUAUAUUCGAAUUCUGAAGUAUUGUAUACCAGGAGGUCUAGUGCAUCCACGGAUCUUUCAACAUAUUCUUUAGGUUUGACUGCUACCUCUUUAUCUACGUAUAAUAUGUUUUCUAAACCAACUUCUUCUACUGCUGGAAGAUAUUCUUCUUUGUCUGAGACGAUAGUAGUAUCUCUGUUAUCUUCGAUAUAUCCAACUAGUAGUUCACUAAUAGAUUCAGCAAUAUUUACCACUGAGAGUUCAACACGUUUAUAUGCACCACAAUUCACUUCUUCAUUAUCAAGCUCUGCUAUUAAUACAUUCUAUAUUCCUCCUCCAUAUACAACAAUAAUUACAGGUAAUUCAUUCACAGAAACAGAUCUAAUUUCUUUCUAUUCUACUGAGGACAUGAAUCAGCAUCCAUCUACUGGGAUUUUUACUUAUACAUUAGUCUCGUCCUCAACAAUAAAUCCUUGGCAAAACGGAACAAUAUCCAAAUAUGCUUCUGUAACUACCUCAACUUUACCAUCUUAUUCUGCAUUAAUAACUUCAGCAACUCCACUAGAACAACAGCCUACUACAACUGUUCAAGAACAACAACCUACUACAACUGUUCAAGGCCAGCAAUCUACUAACACUGUUCAAGGCCAGCAACCUACUAACACUAUCCCAGAACAACAGCCUACUACAACUGUUCAAGGCCAGCAAUCUACUACAACUGUUCAAGGCCAGCAACCUACUAACACUAUCCCAGAACAACAGGCUACUACAACUGUUCAAGGCCAGCAAUCUACUACAACUGUUCAAGGCCAGCAACCUACUAACACUAUCCCAGAACAACAACCUACUACAACUGUUCAAGGCCAGCAACCUACUGACACUGUUCAAGGCCAGCAACCUACUACAACUGUUCAAGGCCAGCAACCUACUAACACUAUCCCAGAACAACAGCCUACUACAACUGUUCAAGGCCAGCAACCUACUAACACUAUCCCAGAACAACAACCUACUACAACUGUUCAAGGCCAGCAAACUUUGAAAACUACCCCACGUUCUUACACAACGUCUAUUACAAAUACUUUAUUUACAAAUAGUAACCAAGGAGCUGCACUUUCCACAAGUAUUGUCAACCCUAUUACUCAAUCAUCCGAAAAUAUUGCUCAUAUGUCAAUCUUGUACGAAGGUUCGGCUAAUAUUUUAGAAGUUACAUCGAAUUGGAAGAUAGUAGUAGGUUUUAUUUUUAUAUUUUUUCUGAAUUAA